AUGACCCUCACAGUCGGUAUCGCAGGUAUAACGGGCAAAUUCGGCCGCGUUCUUACCUCCUCUCUGCUCAAAUACCCUGAGGUAAAGAUCAAAGGCUACUGCCGCACGCCUUCCAAGGUCCCUACAUCCUUCUCCUCAUCCCCACGCAUCUCGCUCGCCCAAGGUGAGGCGUUCGACAUCAAGAGCCUCCACGCCUUCGCCAAGGGCUGCGACGUCGUUGUCUGCUGCUACCUCGGCGACGACAAGAUCAUGACCGAUGGACAGAAGGCUCUCAUCGACGCGUGCGACGAGGAAGGUGUUUCCCGCUACGUCGCGAGCGACUGGUCCCUCGACUACGACAAGAUCCCCUUUGGGGCUCUUUUCCCCAAGGACCCUAUGAAACAUGUCAAAGCGUACCUGGAGAACAAGAAAACAACCAAAGGCGUCCAUAUUCUGGUUGGAGGGUUCAUGGAGGCCAUUUUCUCCCCGCUGCUUGGUAUCUUCAAUCCCAUGGAAAACAAAUUCAUGUACUGGGGCACCGGGGACGAGAUCUUUGAGGGAUCUACAUAUUUGAACUCUGCCCAAUAUACGGCAGCAGUUUGCGUUGAUAGGGAAGCUACAGGAGUUCAGCGUCUGGUCGGUGGUCGCGCGUCUACCAAAGAAAUAGCAGUAAGUUUUGAAAAGGUCUACGGUAUCAAACCAAUAAUCGAAUGUCUCGGCUCUUUGGAAGAGCUGUAUGUGAAAAUGCAUCAGCAGAGAGAAAAGGAACCGCAGAACCUAUAUAGUUAUAUGUUCUUGUUCUACUACUAUUACAUGGCGAACGGAUCCACUCUGGUUGGACCUAAGCUCGACAACGACAAGUACGCGGACGUCAAACCAAUGAAUUGGGAGGAUUUCAUGCGCAAUACGCCCCUGGAGCACCUACCUGGAUCGAUCGCUGCUGUCGGUAGGAAUCUCUGA